UCGCUCCUGAUCAGACAGGAAAUCAUCUCCUGGUGGAUCAGAUGAGGCUACAGCAAUCUCUCCUCAUCACACAAUCUUAUACUAGAAGCUGAGAGCACCGUGUCAAGAUGGAGUACACGUUCAGAGCAGUGACCAACAAGCCGGGGAUUAUAAUCUGGAGAGUUGAGAAAAUGGAGCUGGUUCUGGUUCCUGAGAAGUCCUUUGGAAACUUUUAUGAGGGCGACUGCUACAUACUUCUGUUUACGCAGAAGCUACAAAGCUCUUUAAGUUACAACAUCCACUACUGGAUCGGCUCCGAGUCCUCGCAGGACGAGCAGGGUGCCGCCGCUGUGUACACCACACAGCUGGACGACUUCUUAGGCUCAUCCCCGGUACAGUACAGAGAGGUUCAGAACUACGAGUCGGACACGUUCAAGGGAUACUUCAAAAAUGGAAUAAUCUAUAAGAAAGGGGGAGUUGCCAGCGGCAUGAGGCACACUGAAACCAAUUCGUAUGAUAUUCAGAGACUGCUUCAUGUGAAGGGAAAGAAAAGAGUAGUUGCCAAGGAGGUGGAGAUGAGCUGGCAGAGCUUCAACCUUGGAGAUGUGUUUCUGUUAGACCUUGGCAAGACCAUCGUCCAGUGGAACGGACCAAAGAGCAACAAUCAGGAAAAGCUUAAAGGUAUGGUGCUGGCCAAAGACAUCCGAGACAGAGAGAGGGGGGGCCGGGCAGAGAUCAGAGUGAUCGAGGGUGAUGAGGAGAGCAGCUCUCCUCAGAACAUGGAGGUCAUGAAGAACAUUCUCGGGGAAAGACCCUCCGACCUGCCAGAUGGGAAGCCUGAUGAAACUGUUGACCAGGAAGUAAAGAGCAAACUCACACUUUACUGUGUGUCAGACGCCGAUGGUCAGAUGAAAGUCGCAGAGAUCGGUACAAGCCCUCUGGUUCAGGAUCUGCUCCGCCAUGAGGACUGCUAUAUCCUGGACCAAGGAGGGAGUAAGAUCUUUGUAUGGAAAGGGAAAAAGGCAAACAAAGAGGAGAGAAAGGCUGCCAUGUCCAGAGCUUUGGAUUUCAUCAAAGCAAAGAACUACCCAAUGACCACAAAUGUGGAGUCAGUGAAUGAUGGAGGGGAGUCGGCUCUCUUCAAGCAGCUCUUCCAGAAGUGGACCGUGAAAGACCAGACUCAAGGCCUGGGAAAAGUGAACACGCGGGGCAAAAUUGCUCACAUCACACAAGAGAAAUUUGAUGCCUCGCUGAUGCACUCGAUGCCAGAGGUUGCUGCACAGGAGAGAAUGGUGGACAACGGUGGAGGUCAGGUAGAGGUGUGGAGAGUUGAGGACCUGGAGCUUGCCCCAGUGGACCCUACGGGGUAUGGAUACUUUUAUGGAGGAGACUGCUACCUGAUCCUCUACACUUAUUUAGUUAACAACAAAAAGUGUUAUCUGCUGUACAUGUGGCAGGGGCGCCAUGCCACACAGGAUGAAUUGGCAGCUUCGGCGUUUCAGGCUGUGGCCUUAGAUCAGAAGUACAAUGACGAGCCAGUCCAAGUGAGAGUAACAAUGGGAAAGGAGCCACGACACUUCAUGGCGAUUUUCAAGGGCAAGAUGGUCAUCUUUGAUGGAGGCACAUCCAGAAGCGGGGGUUCUGAACCCGAGCCUCCAGUAAGGUUGUUCCAGGUCCGUGGCUCGGACCAGUCCAACACAAAAACCAUUGAGGUCCCAGCCUUGGCCUCCUCUCUGAACUCCAACGACGUGUUUCUGCUGAAGAGCCAAACGGGAAUUUAUCUGUGGUGUGGGAAGGGUUCAAGUGGAGAUGAGCGAGCCAUGGCAAAGGAGGUGAGCUCCGUGAUCGGCCCCGGCUCAGAAAGAGGAUUUGAAGAGAUUGUGGCCGAGGGUCAGGAGCCAGUUGAGUUUUGGGAGUUGCUCGGAGGCAAAGCUCCUUAUGCAAAUGACAAAAGAUUACAGCAGGUGGUAUUGGACCACGAGCCACGCCUGUUUGAAUGCUCCAACAAGACGGGCCGUUUCAUCGUCAGUGAGGUGGGUCAGUUCACACAGGAUGACCUCAGCGAGGACGACGUCAUGCUGCUGGAUACCUGGGACCAGCUGUUUCUGUGGAUUGGCAAAGAGGCGAAUGAGGUGGAGCGCAAAGAAGCUGUAGCCACGAGCCAGGAGUACCUGCGCACCCACCCUGGAAACAGAGAUCCAGACACACCCAUCGUCUUGAUCAAGCAGGGCUUCGAGCCGCCCACCUUCACUGGCUGGUUCGCUGCCUGGGAUCCCUUAAAGUGGAGCGGUGGAAAGAGCUAUGAAGAACUGAAGAAAGAGCUGGGAGAAGACUUAACACCCAUUGUUGUGCAAGCUGAGGAAAGCCCUGAGAAGGAAAAAACCUACGAGUCUUUUCCACCCGACAUGCUGAUCAACAAGGAACCCAGCGAGCUGCCUGAAGGCGUGGAUCCCUCCGAGAAAGAGAAGCACCUCUCUGACGCUGACUUCUCCAGCCUAUUUGGGAUGACCAAAGAUGACUUUACGAGCCUGCCGCAGUGGAGACAGCUGAACCUGAAGAAAGAGAAAGGCUUGUUUUGAUGAAAGUCUACUUCUGUGUCUAAAAAUUAACAGCAUCUGGGAGUACAUGGCUUUGUUUCUCUUAUUUUCAUUUAGGAAUCAUAUUUUUGUUUUAAAAGGGGCUCUUGUGUGUGUUUUCUGCUUUUCAAAUCCUGCUUUUUAUGAAAGAUUUUUGCUACAUUCACACAAUUGACAGUGUGGGGUUUUGUGGAUGCAGGGCUCUCAGUAUUUAUUGGCACCCCUGUUUAAGUCGUGUAAAAGAAAAAAAACUUAAACUGUAAACUGAUAACAGAAAUUUUGACAACUGCAGGUGUUUUAUACUUUUUUUUCUACUAUUUAGUCAUUAUUUUUUGUCAUUUCUCUGAUUGUACAAGUAAAAAAAUAAGUUAAUCCAAAACAAAAAAUAUUCGAAAUUUCUACAAGGAAAUGUUCAGAAGUCGAAUCAAAAGUUUCAUCUUUGGAAAAGAAAUUGACAUAAUCACAAGUAAACAUCUAAAUUUAACUAUGUUCCAGUCACAACAACAAAAAAUAUUUCAAAUAUGACUCAUUUUUUUAGCUGAUAAAAAAGUUAGGACACCUUACCCCCUUUGGUUGAAGUUAUUCCGGCGAUCAUGCCAGGCCCUCCAGAGAUUUAAUGCUAUCAGAUGUUUAAGAGGUUUCCUCCAUGUUCUGCCCCUUUCAGACCACCAAACCAUGACACUUCCACCUCCGUGCUUUACACUUGCUAUGGGGUUCUUUAGCUGGAAUUUGUUUUUUAUGUCAAACAUGUCUUCUGUUUUGGUGUCCAAACAAUUCGGUAUGUAUCAAGAACAUUACUCCACAAGCUCUUGUAUUUGUCCGCAUAUAAUAUUCUGUGGCAAACUUUAGUCAGGCCUUAAUGUUUUUCCUCUUUGUACUUCUCCCAUAAAAGUUAAACUUGCACAAUC